AUGGACACAAUCAACGUCUUGGUCUCGUCCUUUGCCGGACUGUCGCUGCCUCGCACACUGGCUCUCCCUGUGCCCGCCGACACCUCGAUCGCAACCUUCACAUCACUUCUCUCGACUUACCUACCACCCCACGCCGACAACCUCCUCCUCUCAACCACAACCCAUCGCAUUGACACAACAUCAACCUCAUCACUCCAAUCUCUCCUCUCCGACAAUGACUGCUCCACCCUUCUUCCUCUACACCUCAGCGCACGCCUCCUCGGCGGGAAAGGCGGUUUCGGCUCCCAACUCCGUGCAGCAGGCGGCCGCAUGUCCUCACGCAAAAACCGCAAUCGCAAUCCGGACCAAAUAAACGGCAGCAAUCGCAAUCUCGACGGUCGCCGUCUGCGCACAAUCACCGAAGCCAAGAGCCUAGCCGAGUACCUCGCUCUCAAGCCAGAAAUGGACAAAAAAGAAAGGGAAGAGAGAAGGCAACGCUGGGAAGCUGUCGUGGAAGCUGCAGAACGCAAAGAGGAAGAGUUGAAGAAGGGAAACAGGAAUGCGAGGUUGGAUGGGGAGUGGGUUGAGGCGAAAGAGGAGGCUGAGCAAAAGACUAGGGAUGCUGUGUUGGCGGCUAUGAAGGCUGGUUUGAUUGAGGCUGAUACGCCCGUGCUUGUGAGAACUGGCAGUGAGAGCUCGGCGGCUGAGGGUGAAGGCAGUGAUGCUCAGCCCGAGGCUUCCAGCUCUGCAUCAAGCGACAACGAUGAUGUGCAAGCUGCUAAGCCUACCCCUGCUGCCUCUCGUACCUUCCACGGCUGGGACGACGAGGAUGACGAGUUCAUGAGCGACGAAGAAGAGGACGAAGACGCUCCUGUCGAGUACGAGGGCAAAGGCAAGGCCAAGGCAUGA